GAGCUUGAGUGAGGAUAAUUUUUCACUCCAAAACAUUUUAACAUGAAAUGCUGUGGUUGUUGCGGUCCUAAAACAAGCAAAUCAUGAAGAAGUUAUGAAAGGUGAUGCCCCGGUUGUGAUUGAAAAAGGUCCUUAUUCGUAUCGCGAAAGUCGACAAAAAUUCAAUAUUUCUCGUGGACAUGAUAAGGUGAAUUACAACCAAAUUACAAACUAUAAAUUUGACCCUAGUACAUCAUGCUCUGAUUGUGGUCCUAACGAUUACUUCACUUCAGUGAAUAUACCGUAUGUGACAAUUUUGCAGAAGGUGAAAGGGGUAAUUGAUGAGCUUUUUACAAAAGGUGAAGUUAAGAUUAUUGAUGAGAUUUUGUCAGGUGUUCUAAGAUAUAUUCAUGAAGACCUAUUUCAAAAUAAAACAGUAAAUGAAACUAUUUGGGGAUAUGAAGAUGCAAUGUUUGAGGAUUACAAUAAAUUGCGCGAUGGGUUGGUAAAGCGUUUCCACUUUCUUCAGGGAAUGUUACCAAACGUGUCGGGAACUUUUGCAUUGCAGCCUAAUCCCAAUUAUGAUAAAUACUCUACAAUUAACACUGGUGAAAGUGAUGUCGACAAAGUUGGUUGUUAUGAGCAAUGGAACAAUAACUUUGGCCACCUGGGUUUUUGGAAUUCUCCAUAUGCAAAUAUGUUAAAUGGUACAGACGGUUCAGUUUACAAGCCAGAUAUCUCAAAAGAUGAUAUGCUUUUCAUCUUCAUUAUCCAACUAUGCAGAUCAUUAAAUGUAGAAUAUCUUGAUGAGGUCACAAUUGAAGGCAUUGAUGGAUACCGUUUCCAUCCUCCAAAGUAUUUGUUCCAAAGUGGAAAUAUUAACCCGGAUAACAAAGGUUUUUGUGUUCCAAACUGCUUACCAUCUGGUUUAUUGAGUAUCAGUUCCUGCGUGCCUUUUCAAGCACCAAUUGUUGUGUCCUCCCCACACUUUCUCAAUGGUGACAAGUCACUACUAAAAAUGAUUCACGGAUUAUCGCCCAACGAAGAAAAACAUGACACUUUUCUUAGUCUCGAACCAAACACCGGCAUUCUUUUACAAGCCUCAAAGAGGAUACAGUUUAAUAUUCAGGUUGAUCCAAUGGCAGGAAUACAAGACUUGGAAAACGUUAAAUCUGCCCAAAUACCAAUUAUGUGGAUUGACGAGCAUGUUCGUAUUGACUCUUCAAAUGCCCAGAAAGUGAAGAAGAAUGUCCUGAACAAUUUAGAAAUUAUCAAGUGGGUUGAACUUGGGUUAAUUAUUCUUGGUGGUUUGAUGGUAUUGAUUGCAAUUAUAUUGUUCAUAAGAUUAGCUUGUUCAAAAAACAAUGAAACUAGAUUGAAACUGCUUGCAGAAGAAAAACAAGAAGACUAUGGUACUAAUGGUGAUUCAGGUCAUUUAAAUCCAUCACUGAUUAAUGCAAGUGAUUAA